GGUCAGUGAAUUCAAGCGUGGUACCAUGAUAGGUUGCCACCUGUGCAAUAAGUCCAUCCAUGAAAUUUCCUUGCUACUAAAUAUUCCAAGGUCAACUGUUAGUGGUAUUCUAACAAAAUGGAAGCAAUUGGGAACAACAGCAACUCAGCCACGAAGAGUGCGCAGAGGUCACCAACUGUCUGCAGAGUCAAUAGCUAAAGACCUCCAAACUUCAUGUGGCCUUCAGAUUAGCACAACAACAGUGUGUAGAGAGCUUCAU